AUCUAUCAGAGUGAUGAACGAUCUCCCACGGGAGUGAUUAUCAGUCCUAAGCCAUCACAACUCAAACAAUUUAGCAGACUCAACAAGCUCUCUCUGGUGCUAUUUCCUGCGCGUGUCGUCAUUUGUUCGGCUCGUCAUAAUAUAAAUGACUGGCGCACACGACCAACCAUUCGAACCAAGACCUCCCGUGCUCACCUGAUAAGCACCCUCAUCACAGCCCAAGACAUGAAGGUCGAAGUCGCAGUCUUUUCCGCGUUAGUUCUAGUUGCGAAUUUAGCCAUCGAGGCGGAAAGCUGGAUGUGCUCGCCGUACAAUUGCCCAAGAAGGCGCAGUAAGAUCGCAGGGGUGACUAGAGAACCCUCCCGCACGGACUAUCGUCUGACCGCGUGUCCUGAUGGGAAGGGACUUUGCCUUCGUCGAUUUAGAGACAUCUUUCGAGAUGACGACAGCUCCGAGAAGAUUGAUGGUACCAGUCUGCAAACUCGUGCCCAGCCCUCCGCUACCGACGCAUUGACGCGUCGAAUCGAGGCUCUACGCAUGGACAAAGACGCCAUGAGAGAAAUCCAGACGCGCCUGCGCAUAAAAUCAGCCGCUGAUCAAAUUGGGGAGUAACGCACCGGAGAUUAUAGACGACUUGAUUUUCGCUGGAUAUUAAUAUGAUAUAUUUUUUAGCUAAAUGCUAUGUUAUUUAAGCAAAAAAAAAUAGUAUUUAAAAGCGUUUGUAUCAAGGAUUUUAGUGUGAGAUAUGUAGCAGUAAUAAACACUUUUGUAUGUACUUGA